UCAUCAUCCACUUCUGCUAGGGUUCCAAAAGCGCCCAUGCAUCGGUCGUAGGGGACAAUGAAAGAAAGCUUCACCUUAGCCAGGUUGCCGCUUGGCCUGGCCUCCCUCUGCGCUGCUCGGGUCCUUGCGCCUCCUCCGACAUCACCGUCAACAAGCUUCUUCCAUGUGGCUGACCCUUGGCGUGUCUUACUGGCGCCCAUUCUCCUCCAGUGGGAUUUGAGUGGUGAUGGUGAUCCAAGUGGAGCUACCAGGGAGAGACUGAACCGUGGCUUUCACUCGUCCCGUUCAGGUUCUCAUACUUUCUCCGCGAAUCCUUCCAUUGAUCCCUGCUGACACCCCAUCAACUCCCCUCCAGGGUUGGUCCUUGCAAAUUAGCCCAACCUGCCGCUAAACCUUUCUGUCUUCCCAUAGAGGGUUUCAAGCCGUGCGUGGACGGGGAUCUUGAUCCCUUUCAUGCCUUAAGCUAGGUUCGUCGGAUCGUCACUGGAUUUCGCCCUCCAAUCAUCGAUUCUUUACUUCCGCCACGAGACACGCCGAUGGACUGGCUGGGGUGAUGGGUGGCCCGACCACAUACAACGGUACCUUCCUGACCGGUGGCACGAUGAUUGGUCCAAUUCCCAACUCUAGACGCAGCU